AUGGAGAACAAUCAUCAUUCUCGCAAGCGCAAGCACGCCCACGAGCAUAAAAGUAGACUUGGAGAGUCUGGAAAACACCACAAGCAUAGUAAUUAUGAUAGCGCACAUCGGAGGCACCCUCGAAAUCACUCUUCAGGAAGAUCAGCGGAAAAGAUGCAGCCACUUGCAAUCAGAGAUCAAAAUGAACUAUCUGGGGACAAAGAUUACAUUCGCAGCUGGCUCGCGCAAACUCAAAAUGAGGGCAUUACCGAUUGGCUGGAACCUUUGAAACAAACCAGCGCGAAAAUAGGUGAAAAAUCACUCGCAUGUUUCAGUAACCUCAUCGAAAAUACAUGCACUGACGUCUCCUCGAGAUCUAGGCUACCAAGAAGAGAAAGCUAAACACUCGAACUACAUCGAUACAGCACAUAUACCCGGGAAGAGCAAGGUUACCACAGAAUUCAAGCCGAAGCCCGAUCAAGAAACUGUAUCUUUUGAUAGUUCUCUACUUGAAGCUCCAAGGCUACCAGUUGUAAAGGAAAGGGCCAGAGCUCCUCGGGAAUUGAGCGCCACUUAUGAUGGUAAAAAGACCACACAAUCUCACAAACACCGAAAGAAGCCGGCAUCAACUGUGACUUCUACUUCAUCCCAAUACUCCGUUGUGCAGCCAAAGCAAGAAACAUUUGAGAAAAAAGCACGCCAUAAGACGAAAGAGGAUCGAUAUGACCCGAAAAAGAAAAGUAACCAAGCAGAAGUAGCCAAGCCAAUCAAAACGAGGCGCGGGAAAAGAGGAGACCGAAAGAAGGCUGCAAGAAAGGCUAGUCAAGAUCUUAUGAAUAACUUCGCAUCAAACAAAAUAGGCCUGGAUCGUUUAUCGGUGAGUAGAACCUUAGUAUGGGAAAACUGGAACUGAUGGUUCCAGGUGCGCCCUUCCAAUGGACCGGGCAUCUUUCAAAAUGGCAGGGCUUCUUCACCGGCUAGACGGCGAGGAUGUGAGUAUUAUUCAUAUCACAUUUUUCAAAGACUACUAACCCACUCGCUAAGUACCUGACCUCGCUUUUUCGGAGAUGGAAUUUCUUCAGCGUUCUAGUAAAAAAUCUCAUCUAAACGAUAACAUUGUUGUCCCAAAAAGUCGUGCCAAGGAAAAGAGGAAAGCUGCUCGAGCGCAAGAUGAAAUAGCAGCAUUCUUCAAACCAUCUAAGACGCCAGUGAGGGACAACAGUUCCAUUAUCGAGCAUCCCACUUCUCCAAUUUCGAUACAUGGGCCCUCCCUCUACGAAAGACAACUGAGAAGAGACCGCGAGCAUGAUCAACAACGGUACUACAGCGAGAAGUUGACACCACGUGUUAACGAGGCAAGAAAUAAUUUGAAAGAGUCUAGCGGCCAGCAACUGCGAAUCUAUCAAUUACGAUUUCCUCCAGAUCCCGCUCCGCAGUUUCUCUCCAAAAACGUCGCCGACUGCAACAUGUAUUCAGAGGCUGCUGAUACCAUUGUGACAUGGUCAGAGUCCCAAAGUUCUCCUGGAGCUACUAUGGCCUUACGUCGAGCGAGGGAACAAUACUGUCAGAGGCAAAAUAGCACGACACCAGACUCCGUACGGAGUUCUAUGGAAAAAACAGGUAUAUUCAAGGAUACAGGCAUUGAGAUUUCAAGUCGACGAAAGCCUCAUAUGCGUGAGGCGGUAAAUAAAGGAUCGUAUGAGACCCAGGAUAAAGGCUCCGCGUCUACAGCUGAUGGCCCAGCCGUGAUAAGCAGAGAUUUAUCUAGCUUGAGCACUAAUUCUGCUCAAAGUUCUCACGAAAUCAGCCCAACUCCAAAUUUCCAGCAACAAGAUUGUUUGCCUCGACCUCUACCGCAUAUGGAAAAGAAAACAGAAGAGGCACCUUUGGAGAGAAGAGCCCUCGACGCAGCAGAAAUUCGCGUUGAUCGACUCCAGAGAACCGUCGUUGAGUAUUAUGAUCCAAAUCUUGGCUGGUACCGGAAGGAAGAUUCUAAACCACCUUCCAAGUCACUUGAGCGUCCUUCGGAUUCAGCAGUAGCACGCAUACCAACACCACUUACGCGUCAACAAAUGGCUCGCAAUGCUCGAAUCAAACGUCCAUCAACUACCCUUCCAGUAAUCAGGGAGGCUAGCGACGAAAGUCGGGAGAACAGCUCCUCGUCGAUUUCUGGUAUUCCAGAAAAAGGAAUACAGCGCACAGAAUCUGCUCCUAUUCGAUCCUCGAUUGUGAAGGGAGAUAUGAGCGGGGAUAUCUCGCCAGUUUCUGGCAGGGCGAGGCAACAUAAUGGCAUACCUGAGCCACAGGUUCGGGAACCAAUGUCUCCACAGCCAUGUUCCCAAUCCCACCAUGGCCAACAUAGCCACUUCGGUCGAUCAGGAUUAAUCACCAAUAAUAUCAACGGAAACGCGAUUCUUCAGGGUGAAAUGAUGGAUGAAGAGGGCAGGCAGCUACCUUUGACGAGGGGAACACAUCUGAAAGGCAGAACUCGUACGCCUCUAGGGACAAUUCCAUGCAUAAUUUCAAACAGUGAGCAUUUUCAAUUCUCCACCGAACCUCCGUUUCAAAGAGGGUUCUCAAGCAUCCAUGGGCGGCCAAAGCAGCAUACUAUACCUACCCCACGUUCGCCACUCAUUCGACUUCCGUCGCUUUAUGUUCAGCAAUUGGAAAUUGAGCAAGAGAAAGAUCAAAUGACAAAUGGUCUUCUCAACGGCAAGAUUGAAAGACAUGGAGCUCAUGUUGUGCAAGGGCCUAAAUUCAAUACGGAAUCAUACGGAGAGGACUGGAACAACACAGAUACAGAACAGGAAAUGACUUGUGUAGUGGAAGACGUCCUUGAGAAUCGCCAUUGCACCCGGGAUCUCGGGGAGCUCGGACCUCAAGAAGCAAACGCAUGCGAAGCUCCACUAUCAAGGCACGAGGUGACGGGAAUCUGGUACGAACAUUCGAAUCUGGAUUAUCAAAGCCCAGACCAGCAUCUUCAACACAAUCAAGGACAUGAAUAUAACCAGUGGAAUAGUGACAAUCUUUAUCUCCAGGAGCCUUUGAUUGAGACUCAACAUCAGCAAAACCUACAGCAACUACAUGAAACGGGCUUUCUUGGCAAUCAAUUAGUCCAACGUCCAUUACCUCAAUACUGGGAACUUGAGGGCCGGAACGGGAAUGCUUCGGAAGAUAUUUUAAUGCAGAGAUUUUGGCGGCCAAACCCACAAUAUUGA